AGCAAGACAGAAGAAAAAGAGAAAAAGAAACAAAACAACGAAAAGUAAUUGUACAGAAGUUACAAAGAAAAUGUUAUGUGGAGUAACUUAUCAUCCAGUUCCAGGCGAUCAUGAUGGAUCAGAAAGUGAAGAGGAUGACUUGGAAGAAGAAAAAAAAAAAUCAUUGUGUACAUCCAGCAAAGGCCCAGAGGAUCCAGUAACAGUUUGUGAAGAUCAGCCUAAGGGUGGUGAUGAAAGCCUAGAAGAAACUGCAGGGGAUUCAAGAGAGAGUUUACUGGUUGCUGUGCCUGAGGUCUCAUUGAUGUCAAGUAGUGCAUGGAAAAAUGAAUUGCCUGUAGAAAGUGACAAUUUGCUUUUAAGAGACGUAAAAAUUUUUUGUAACGAAAACCUAACCAAAAAUGCAUUAGAUGAUGAGGAAGCAAAACAAAGGCACAAAGACAAUCUCUGCAGUUUCCUAACAAUAAGCAAUGAUAAAAAUUCCAUCCAGGAAACAGAAGACAUUUCUGAAGAUUAUGAUAUGUCAUUAAGCACAGAAAACAAACUGGGAUCGUGUCAAAUUACAUGUGAGCCUGAUUUGGAAGCCAAGCUGGUAAGUUUAAACAGUGAAGAAAAAGAGAUCUCUGAGUGUUCCAAUUCAGAUGUACUUGAUAACAUGCCUGAUAACACAGAGGGCAAAUGUCCAUUAAAAACAGAAGAGACUAAUUCCAAUGCCUGGGCUUUUUUUUCAAUUAAUUUAUCUACUGAGGAGUUGCAAAUGGACUUCAAUACUCAAGUUUCUCUCUCUCCUUGCUCUGAGGAUAAAUUUGUAAGUGAAAAAAAAUCUCAAAAAGUGAGGAAACCUGAACAGACUCACACGAACAGUUCAGCAGAGCUAAACUGCUGUCAGUCAAAUGAGGGAUUGGUAAAGGAAAACCAUCAUGAAACAGAAACAGAGGAAGUUGGCAAUGUAAUAAGUAAUGGUCUGUCUGCAUCUCUGACUGGUAAAGAGCACUUUGAUUCCCUAGUGGAAGCCAGGGCUACCUUCAUGCAGGGUUCAAGUGAAGUAAAUGUGCCAAUAAAUGAUGAUACACCAAUUACAUGGAAGAGGAAGAGAUACAGGAGAAUUGUCAACUUAGCACCAAAGUUUAACCUACCAAGACAAAUCUGUGGUCAUACAGAAGGAGGGAAGGAUGUCCCGACAGGAGAAGAUAUUCCCCAGAAUAGUGUUUUGGAAGUGAGGCAAAAACACUUUCUAAGCAAGAACUGUGGAGAAUCACAUGAACAGGACUGUGCAUUGCAGGAAUAUUCCUUACCCACUCCAGAUGUAGAUGCUCUGUUAUAUAAUAUUUCUUACAUUCAUUCUGGACAAUGUUCUCCUAUAUCAAAAUUUGCCUCUAGGGUUUGUGUAGAUUCCAAAACAAAGGAGGAGCAAGCUACAGCUCUUCAGCCACAACCGGUAGUUAAUAAAAUAGAGGACGAAGGUGAACACAUUUCUUCAGAGGUUACUAAUGGCCAACCAGAUAUUUUGUCUUCUGCUGAAAUUGUUUCUGAAUACCUAGAAGAUUCUAAUACAUUGGCAAGCUGCAGUGAAAAUGCAAAUGGUGCAGGUGACUGUGAGCCAGCAAAGGCUUCACAACUUGAAGAUUAUCAAGAUGCAGAUACGAAAUGCAGUUUUCUGGGACUUCCCUUAUCAUUAGGAUUUGCCUUUCAACUUGUGCAGCUCUUUGGUUCUCCAGGUCUUCCACUGGAAUCCUUGUUGCCAGAUGAUUAUAUAGUUCCCCUUGACUGGAAAGUUUCAAAGAUGAUCUAUUUACUGUGGAAGACCUCUGUGGAGGUAUGA